CUCCCUAGUCCCACCCCUCCUCGUUCCCAAUCCUAACGGGUGUUAGCAGCAUGGUGAGCUGUUGUUGUCGGGUACAGAGUUACAUUUUGACAACCCACUGAUCACCGAGUGGCCUUCUUGUAUCCAAUUUGCUCGAUCUACUUCCAGGAAAUGGCUUCGGCGGGUCGCAUGUGCUGUCGCUUGAUAGAAAGAAACAACAGAACUAGACACCCCUUCACGUACAGGGUUAGGAACACCGCAAAGGAGAAUAAUCAACGCUGGUAUUCCAGUGCUACGCAGAAGGAAAAUGAAGUUGAACUCUCGCAACCAAGGAAAAACUUCGACGCAGUCCAGAAAAACAUUGCAGAACAGGAGCUAGCGUCCAGCCCCUCGACGCGGAGUCGGGUCUUAAAGGACGACACCUUACCGUUCUCUGCGUUCCUGACUGACAGCUUUGGCCGAAGACACAGCUACCUCCGCAUCUCCCUCACGGAGAAAUGCAACCUGCGCUGUCAGUACUGCAUGCCGGAGGAAGGGGUGAAGCUGACGCCGCGGGCGCAGCUCCUGACCACCGCGGAGGUGCUGCGCCUGGCCCGCCUCUUCGUCCACCAAGGGGUGGACAAGAUCCGGCUCACGGGCGGCGAGCCGCUCAUCCGGCCCGAUGUGCUGGACAUCAUCGCUGAGUUGAGGAAGUUGGAGGGCCUGAAGACCAUCGCCGUGACGACCAACGGCAUGAACCUCGCCCGGCUGCUGCCCAAGCUGAAGGACUCAGGCCUGGACCUCCUCAACAUCAGCCUGGACACACUGAUCCCCGCCAAGUUUGAGUUCAUCGUCAGGCGAAAAGGCUUCCACAAGGUGAUGGAGGGCAUUGACAAGGCACUAGAGAUGGGCUACAACCCUGUCAAGGUCAACUGUGUGGUGAUGCGAGGACUCAACGAGGACGAGAUCCUGGACUUUGUGGCGCUGACGGAGAAGAAGCCCAUUGAGGUGCGCUUCAUCGAGUACAUGCCCUUCGAUGGAAACAAGUGGAACUUCAAGAAGAUGGUGAGCUAUCAGGAAAUGCUGGAUUGCAUAAAACAGCAGUGGCCUGCUCUAGAAAUGGUUCCCACCGGACAUGCAGACACAGCUAAGGGGUAUAAAGUGCCAGGCUUCGCGGGCAAGGUGGGCUUCAUCUCCUCCAUGUCGGACCACUUCUGUGGCUCCUGCAACCGCUUGCGGCUCACCGCAGACGGCAACCUCAAGGUUUGCCUGUUUGGCAACUCUGAGGUGUCCCUCAGGGAUGAGCUGCGUUCGGGGGCGACGGAGACGCAGCUGCUGGACAUCAUCGGUGCGGCGGUGGGACGGAAGAAGAAACAGCAUGCAGGCAUGUUGAACCUCUCGAAGAUGAAGAAUAGGCCCAUGAUCCUGAUCGGGUCGGCUACCCAGAGGUCUCUCUUUCUGCGCAAAGUCCCCCCGGCCGUGAAGAGAGCUUCCCUUCCCGGCCUGCCCAUCGCACGUCCCCUCCCCCGCCCCAUGACAGUAGCCCCUUGCCCCGCCAGAGUCUCCGGUCCAAUCGGUUUUUGGUGCCUUCCGGACGGCUUUGACGGCUUAUCCCGGGUCGCUGAUGAAGGAGGGGCCGUCGGUCUUCAAAAAUCAGCGCCCGCCCCUUCUUAUGAGCCCAGCGAUAUCCGUCAUGUACCUAACUACCCCAACAACGCCUUCACACAUUCUCAAGCACGCCCACGGCCUGCGAGUGGCACGGACACGGCCCGCCUCAGGUACGCACAAACCUCGGGUUCCCUCGCCGCACGCAGCCUCUCUCUCGGCGCCCCGGGGUAUUCCGGUUCCGGCACGCUACUUCAGAACAGCAAAGCCCCCCUCCCCUCCAACCACAGCCUCAGAUUGUACCACAGACCCGCCUCCAGCCCCCAGGUCCCGCCCCCCGCCCAGGUCCCGCCCCAGGCCGAGAGCCCCGGAGCAGCCCGCGCGGACGCGGGCGACGCUGCCGCCGCCGCCGCCGCCGCCGCCGCCGCCGCCCGGCUGACGCACACGGACGCGGACGGCCGCGCCGCGAUGGUGGACGUGGGGGGGAAGGCGCCCACGCGCCGCACCGCCUCGGCCCGCGCCACCGUUCUCCUGGGCGCCGCCGCCUUCCGCCUGCUGCGGGACAACCAGCUGGCCAAGGGCGACGCGCUGGCCGUGGCGCAGCUGGCCGGCGUCAUGGCCUCCAAGCGCACGGCGGAGCUCGUCCCCCUCUGCCACCCGCUGCCCCUGGACCACGCCGCGGUGGGCCUGGAGCUGGACCCGGCGCGCCACGCCGUGGUGGUCACCGCCAGCUGCCGCACCACGGGCCGCACCGGCGUGGAGAUGGAGGCGCUGACGGCGGCGGCCGUGGCGGCGCUGACCCUGUACGACAUGUGCAAGGCGGUGAGCCACGACAUCGUCAUCACGGAGGUGCAGCUGGUCCACAAGACGGGCGGGAAGCGGGACUUCCAGCGCACGCCCUGAGACGCCGCUCGGUUGAAAGUGUGGGUGUGUGUGUGUGUGUGUGUGUGUGUGUGUGUGUGUGUGUGUGUGUGUGUGUGUGUGUAUGAGUGCGUGUAUGCGUGUGAUUGUGUGUGUCGCUCACUCUGAUGUUGGUGAUUGAUUGUCGUGUUAGAUCAUUGACCCUUGCUGGCCAGCAUUGUCACAUACCAGCUAGAGGGGUCCAAUCAAAAUCAAACUAGUGUUUACUAAUGUUGUAACUAAUGCUAUGGACAGAAUUGUAUUAGUGUUGCUCUCUCGGUUAGGCUACAUGGGAUGAGUUGGAACCGUGUGUAGAAGAUGUACAUAAUGUUGUUGGUUAUAUCCCCUUAACAGCAUCAGCAUGUGUGGACGUGUGCAAACAACCCUUUUGACUUCUGACAGCUGCUAAAGAAGUACACAAAGUAUUGCAUUACUGAAUCUCUAUAUAGCUACUCCUAUUAAAAGAUGUACCUGUAAUGUAAUUUGCAAAGAUGCAAACCCUAAAUUUUGAAUAAUGAAAAUGUCAUAACCAUCUUUUAUAAUAUCUCAAAUUGAAACUCCCAGAUAAGAGG